UCUUAGAAAGAUAGAAUAAUUAAAAUUUAAUUAACCACUUUUGAGACACAAAUGGAACUAGGAGACAACUUUAUAGGACAGCAGAUGCAUGGGGGUAAUGUCCUUAAGGAGAGGGGGACUAAUGAACAGAGCAGUGUGACUCCUAACCCUUUGCAGAGAUCUAAUGAUGGGACCAAUCUUUCAGAAUCAGAGGGAAUUAAUGCUAAGUGUAUUAAGAAGUCUAAGGAGGUGAAGCUUUCAGUGAAGAGAGAAAGCUCUGAUGACUCUUACUCAAGUGAUUUCUUUGAAAGAGUGGUUAAAUCAGCAGAAUCUUUUGCUUUCUCUGAGUCUGGAGAAGAUCUCACCAAGUCAGAGCUUCAAAAGUUGAAGUUCAGUAAGAUAAUGGAUGAGAUUCAUAGUGAAUUCGAUAUGGGAUCCUCUUUAUCAAGCCUAGCAUCCAAUGCAAAAACUCUGAAAAUUGUAUCAGAGGUACAAAGAUUUGCCAUAAGCGGAUAUUUCGAAGGCAUGGAAGACUGGGAAAAAAUCCUCACAUCUCUUGAAGAUAUCCAUACUCGUCGUUUGAAACUCAACAGAAGCAGUCGAGAUGAAUUCCCAGGAAAGAAUAAUCCAAGGAAGAAGAUUCUCAACUUGCUAAAGAAAGAUAUACAGCGUGUCAAAGAACUUAAGAACUCUUAUCUUGAAGAGCAUAAAGAGAAUGUUACUGACUCUACCGAGCUCUCAGUCACGCCUUACUUCAGUAGAGAUAUCAAGAACAAGAUAUUCAGGAAGUUCGUAAAGGAGUCUAAGCUAAUGGAAGCAGAAUACUUCUUCUUGCACAAGAAGUACAAAUAACAUGGAGCAAAGAAACAAAGAUCUUCAAGAACAAAUCAAAAAUCUUGCAGGUGUAAAUGAUGAAAUUAAUCAAACUAACAGAAGAUUACAAACCGAGAACAACUCACUUAGAGGGGAAAAGGAGUGGCUACAAAAACAGAUCUUUGAGCUAAAAGGGGGAAAGUCCUCUGCCAAUCUUAUCAGUAGACUUUUCAAAGGCAAGCAAAAGUAG